CAUUGGUUCGAAAUCUAUCCAAGGAAAGAUGUUAGAUUUCACUUAUCCUACUUGGCUCCUCUCAAAAGUCCCUACUUUUGAUCACACAUAGGAAUAUAACAACCACAUUCUUCAGCACUUGGAGAGAGAGAGAGAAAUCAAGAACUGGGGACUUCGGUAUAGGUCAAUAAAAAUAUUUGGAGAGAGAAGGUGAGGAGGAGAGAGAGAUGGCUGCAACAUCAACUGCGGUGGUGAAUGGGUUGGGCAGCUCUGCCUUCUUGUCCGGUGGCAAGAGGAGCCAGACCUUGUUGUCCGCGCCCGUCGGAGCCAGGGCCGGCACUGCAGUGGCAGCUCCCCGGAGGCUCGUGGUGGCGGCAGCAGUUGCUUCCAAAAAGUCUUGGCUCCCCGGAGUCAAAGCUGGUGGCAACCUCGUCGACCCCGACUGGCUUGAUGGCUCGCUUCCCGGUGACUACGGGUUUGACCCACUAGGCCUGGGAAAGGACCCAGCAUUCCUCAAGUGGUAUCGAGAAGCGGAGCUCAUCCACGGCCGGUGGGCCAUGACCGCAGUGGUCGGCAUCUUCGUGGGCCAGGCAUGGAGUGGCAUCCCGUGGUUUGAAGCUGGCGCAGAUCCUGGCGCCAUUGCCCCCUUCUCCUUCGGCACCCUCCUGGGGACCCAACUCAUUCUCAUGGGCUGGGUCGAGAGCAAGAGAUGGGUCGACUUCUUUAACCCGGAGUCGCAAUCCGUCGAAUGGGCCACCCCGUGGUCCAAAACGGCUGAGAACUUCGCGAAUGCCACGGGUGACCAGGGCUACCCAGGUGGAAAAUUCUUCGACCCAUUGAAGCUAGCGGGCACGAUUCAGGAUGGGGUUUAUAUUCCAGAUGGCGAGAAACUAGAGAGACUGAAGUUGGCUGAGAUUAAGCAUGCUAGGAUUGCUAUGUUGGCUAUGUUGAUUUUCUACUUUGAGGCUGGACAAGGGAAGACUCCUCUUGGGGCCCUUGGAUUGUAAAACUGGUCUUCUGAAUUGUAUGAGAUAGUAGUAUGUAAAAUUGCUAUGGACAGUGAAGUGAGUUCCCCCAGAACAAAGUUCAAAUUCUUUUGACUAA